UUUUCAAUUGGGAAAAACGAAAACAAGAUUGAUACACUUUGAGCAAAGGAAUCGGGGGAAAAGCUGUGAAAAAUCUAGGGGCUGUCAUGGCGUCCUCUAAGGUGAUACCGACGACGUCACAGACGAAUAACGACCUGCCACGUCAGUCGUCUCUAUGUUCUUCGCUCUCCACUCUCUUGGCAGAUCUUCAGAACCAACAGAAUAAUACGAACCAAUCUCAGAACCCUCUUGGUUCCAUGAACAUGGACGAUUUCUUAAAAAACAUCUGCUCAUCGCCACCGCCGUCUAAUCCCGACGAGCACCCGCAGUUCGCCGGCGUUUCCAUAACCGGAGAAGGUGAUUUCUCGCUCGCUAACAAGUCCGUCGAUGAUGUCUGGAAGCAGAUCGUGGUCGGUGGCGAGGAUCAGAGACAGGGGGAUCGUCCACCGGAAGGGAUGACUUUGGAGGAUUUUUUAACGAAAGCUGGGGCGGUCAGAGAAGAGGAUGUCAGAGGAGUUGGUAAUCAGGUGGGAGUUGGUGCAGGGGUAUAUGCUGUUGACCAGGGCGUUAUCAACGGUGGCGGGAAUCAGUUUUCGGCGUUUGGGAACAACGGCGGCGUAGAUCAUCAGAGGUUGGUAGCGAUAGCUUGUGGAGGCGCUAGAGGAAAACGACGCGCCGUGGUGGCCCCGCCUUUGGAUAAAGCGACGAUGCAGAAACAGAGGAGGAUGAUAAAAAACAGAGAAUCUGCUGCUAGGUCCAGAGAACGCAAACAGGCUUAUACGGUUGAAUUGGAAUCCCUGGUGACACAAUUGGAAGAAGAGAAAACCCGGUUGCUCAGAGACGAGGCUGAGCUGAACAAAGAGAGGUUUAAGCAGCUGAUGGAGAACCUAAUCCCUGUUGAGGAGAAACGAAAACCACCGCGAAAAGUGCUUCGGCGAGUUCAUUCAUUGCAAUGGUAAAUGUCAGCCAGCUCCUGACCCCCCCCCCCUUUUUUUGGCUCGACAUUUUUUUUAUCAUAGAUAAAAAUGAACUGCUAGAACCAAUUGAAGCGAGUUGUAUAUGAGAAGGAACAUGAAAUCGGAAAGUAGAAGUUUGUGCAAGCUUUGGGACUUCUGCGUAGGAUCCCAUUGCAGUUGAAGAUGGACGUCUGGUGCUUUAAUUUAUUACAUACAUGUGGGUAUUUGGUUAGAUAAUGUAAAAUGUUUUUGUAAAUUAAAAAGAAUUUCAUUUAGUGUAAAGUAUCGUUUUUACUGUAAUUCUGUCGGAA